CUCUCUCUCUCUCUCUCUCUCUCUCUCUCUCUCUCUCUCUCUCCAUGUCAAUGGCGGAUUAGAACUCUUCGGAGCUUUCUCAACGUUCGUCUAUACAAGUACAUAUACAUAUACAUAUAUACGUCCCACUAGAACGGCCUGGGUGAUCUGGAGGGACUUGCUUUGUUGAAUUGGCGUUACGUGAUUGUAUUGGUUGGAAUGUGAGAAAGUGCGGUUCGUUUUAUAAAAAAGUUGGCAUUGUUUGGUUUUGCGAUUGGUUCAAUUUCUUUAAGUUUUCGAAUUUGCACCAGUGGUUGUCGAUUUCUAUUGAGCAUUGAAGGGAUACUUUGUCAUCUGAAUUGCUUUUUUUUUUUUUUUUGGAAUUUGGUUUGGAUGGUUAGUCGGUGGACUUGAAGGUUUUGAUGUCAUAGUUAAGUGACUCUGAUGGGGCACAAUAAAGGAAGAGGGUGGUUGUUUCACUGCCUCUAGAAUUGCUCAGUUUCUCCUGAAUACAUAUAAGAGCUCAUCUGUUGUGAUAGGUUAUGGUCCUUGUGUUUCUUGGAUAUCUAGGUUAAAGCAAUAGGUCAACGUUGUGGUUUCUUCCUGGGGUCAUCUGUUAAAGGUGUUUGCACAAUUUGGACAUGAGAAGCUCCUGGUUUAAUAAACUGUCUCUAAUCUUCGGCCCCAGACCGCCACUCAACUGGUUACUUGUUUGUCUUGUUAGUGUUUUUGUUCUAAUUGGAUUGUUGUGUUCAUCUUCUUCAAGUACCUUUGACUCUGUGACUUCCACUACAAGACCUGACAUUUAUUCAAACUCUAGAAGGCUAAAGGAGCAAGCGGCUAGUGAUUAUUUGGAGCUAAGAAGUCUGGCUGUUGGAGCUACUGGUCAAAAGGAGUUUACUCUUUGUGGCAAAGAAAGAGAAAAUUAUGUGCCUUGCUAUAAUAUCUCUAGGAAUUUGUUAGCUGGGUUUAAAGAUGGUGAGGAGUUCGAUCGGCAUUGUGAAGUAUCACGAGAGCGACAACACUGUUUGGUUCGUCCUCCUAAGGACUAUAAGAUACCCCUAAGUUGGCCAGCUGGUAGGGAUGUGAUAUGGAGUGGCAAUGUGAAGAUAUCCAAAGACCAAUUCCUAUCUUCUGGAAGCAUGACGAAAAGGUUAAUGUUAUUAGAAGAGAAUCAAAUUGCUUUUCACUCAGAUGAUGGAAUGAUUGUUGACGGUGUCAAAGAUUACUCUCGCCAAAUUGCAGAAAUGAUAGGGUUGGGAAGUGACUCCGAAUUUCUUCAAGUUGGUGUGCGUAGCGUACUAGAUAUUGGCUGUGGCUUUGGUAGCUUUGGGGCUCACAUGAUCUCACUUAAGUUAAUGGCUGUUUGUAUUGCGGCAUAUGAGUUAACAGGCAGCCAAGUUCAGCUAGCCCUUGAGAGAGGUCUUCCUGCAGUUAUUGGAAACUUCAUUUCAAGACAGCUUCCAUUUCCAUCAUUAUCUUAUGACCUUGUUCACUGUGCUAAGUGUGGUAUCCUCUGGGACAGUAAAGGUAUAGUUAGAUUUGUUGUUCUAGGAUUGUAA